GCCGCCAUUUUAUCGUUGGCGGGUAGCGUGGGGCGCCGGGUUAGCUGCUUGGAAUGCCUGUUUGAUGUCCUUUCCGCCUUAAAUGAGUGGUUUCCUGAGCGUGGUUGUGAUUAAAUUAUUUCUGUUGCGUUUAACAACGAAUGCUCUGAGAAAAAGGAUCAGGUAGACAGGUGAAUCAUGGCUGCUGAUGGGCAGAGGUUUUGUUUGAAGUGGAACGACUUCAGAAACAGUGUGACUGCUGUGUUUGAAGAUUUGAGGCAGGAUGAGGAGCUGGUGGACAUAACCUUGUGCUGUGAAGGCAAAAAAGUGAAGGCUCACAGAAUGAUGCUGUCUGCAUGUAGCCCAUACUUCAGGGAGCUGCUUAAGGAGAACCCUUGUCAGCAUCCAGUGUUUUUCCUCAAGGACACAACUUUUAUCGAUCUCAAGGCAGUGAUACAGUUUGUGUACAAUGGUGAAGUGAAUGUGACUCAAGGACAGCUCAGCAGCUUUUUGAAGACAGCUGAAAUGCUACAAGUUCGUGGCCUGACUGGUGAUGAUGAGAAGGAGUCGACAGCGCCGCCACCACCACCCCCGCCAAUGCCGCUGCCUCGUCACGCUCCCCCGCCGGUGGUGCCGCAGCACGUGCCGGCCAAGCGGCCUGUGCCGUCCGUCCUCUCGCAGCGCGUGGUGCCGCCGAUGCCGGCCAAACGGCCGCUGCCGGCGCCGGCGCCGGCGCCUACGCCGCCCAAACGGCCCGCGCCACUGCCGGCCGCUCACCCGGACGCCGACGUGUAUGUGGAGCCGGUGAUAGUGUCGGACUCGCCGCCGCCGCCGCCG